CGAAAUUUGCAAGCUGUAGCGACAUUAAAUUAUUUGUAUAACAAAUAAAUACUUUAUAAAAUACAAAAACUGUAAUCAUGGGACAAAAUCAAUCGUCUCAAGGCGGUUCUGGAGACAAAAAAGAUGACAAAGACAAAAAGAAGAAGUACGAACCUCCAAUUCCUACCCGUGUCGGUAAGAAGAAGAAGCGCUCAAAGGGUCCCGAUGCGGCCAUGAAACUGCCACAGGUUACUCCACACACAAGAUGUCGGUUGAAAUUGCUCAAAUUGGAGCGUAUCAAGGAUUAUCUUAUGAUGGAGGAUGAGUUCAUACGCAAUCAGGAACGGCUAAAGCCACAGGAUGAAAAGAACGAAGAAGAGCGUUCUAAGGUCGACGAUUUGAGAGGUACACCCAUGUCGGUGGGUAAUUUGGAAGAGAUUAUCGAUGAUAAUCAUGCCAUUGUAUCUACUAGUGUCGGUUCGGAACACUAUGUCAGCAUAUUGUCAUUUGUCGAUAAGGAUCAAUUGGAGCCUGGUUGCUCUGUACUCUUAAAUCACAAAGUCCAUGCUGUGGUGGGUGUGCUCAGUGAUGAUACAGAUCCCAUGGUCACAGUUAUGAAAUUGGAAAAGGCACCCCAAGAAACCUAUGCUGAUAUUGGUGGUCUCGACACACAAAUUCAGGAAAUCAAAGAGUCUGUUGAAUUGCCACUAACACAUCCCGAAUACUAUGAAGAAAUGGGUAUUAAACCGCCAAAGGGUGUCAUUCUGUAUGGUCCACCCGGUACUGGUAAAACCUUGUUGGCCAAGGCUGUGGCCAAUCAAACAUCGGCUACUUUCUUACGUGUUGUGGGUUCAGAAUUGAUUCAAAAAUAUUUGGGUGAUGGUCCCAAAUUGGUUCGUGAACUCUUCCGUGUUGCUGAGGAACAUGCUCCCUCAAUUGUGUUCAUAGAUGAAAUUGAUGCUGUCGGCACAAAACGUUACGAUUCCAAUUCGGGUGGUGAAAGGGAGAUUCAGAGAACUAUGUUGGAAUUGUUGAAUCAAUUGGAUGGUUUUGAUUCCAGAGGUGACGUUAAGGUCAUUAUGGCAACCAACCGAAUUGAGACUUUGGAUCCUGCACUUAUUCGUCCCGGUCGUAUUGAUCGUAAAAUUGAAUUCCCCCUGCCUGAUGAAAAAACAAAGCGUCGCAUUUUCAAUAUUCACACUUCACGCAUGACCCUGGCCGAGGAUGUUAACUUAAGCGAACUGAUUAUGGCCAAGGAUGAUCUGUCCGGUGCUGAUAUCAAAGCCAUUUGUACAGAGGCUGGUCUAAUGGCCUUGCGCGAGAGACGUAUGAAAGUAACAAAUGAAGAUUUCAAAAAGUCAAAAGAAAGUGUCUUGUAUCGCAAAAAGGAAGGAACCCCCGAGGGACUUUAUUUAUAAAUGUCGAAAACUUUUAAUAUAAAAAAUAAUAAUUUACAUGUACUAC